UAAGGUUUCCACCUAGUUUCCACCUAGUUUCCACCGCGUUUAACGCUACACCAUCAUUGACUCUGAUUCCUCACACACUCCCGCCGUGACAGACACAACAACAGCAACAAAAUCCUUACCAAACAACUGAGCACACUCACAGCAACGCAUCCGCCAUGAAGAUUCUCAACCCCCGCGUCGGAAUGCUCAGCAACCACGAAGUCCUCGUGCACAUUACUGCGAUGAAAGCGCGCUACACCGAGAUACACCACCGCGUCGGCGGCGCACACGCAAUGAAGGCCGAAAACCUCGAGACCGUGAUGAAAGAAGUCCGCGACUACCUCCUCGUAUCGCCGUGCGCAUCGCAAACCGACGGGCAGAUCUCGACGUUCAUGGAGGCGGUGAGCGCAUGGCCGCUAGAAAAGGGUGAGCUGCUGCAGAUCGUCAAUGAGCGGCCCGAGACGAUCGCGGAGCUAGACUGCAUCGUCGAGGAGAUGGAUACGCGGUUCGAUGAGAGCGUGCAGGUUGAGAUCCUGGCGACGGUAAAACGCCUCCUGCCGCCGAAGCCGCUGGGCGGCGUAGGCAGUGCAGACGGCGGGGACAUGGCGGCUGGUGCCGGGGAGGCGCAGUAAUGCCCCACUUCCCCGUUUCUGCCGCUGCGUGGUUUGGUACGGAAGGGCUGGGGUAUGGGACGAGAGGAUAUGGUUCGAGAGAGAUGGAGCCGUCCACCCAAAAUCCGUCACUCCUACUUCACUUUCAAAUGCUUUGUUUACGGGCAUCUUGGUUCCACCGUCUCUUCCGGGCUUUGGGCAUUACUCACAGUGAGUGGCUUCGGGGGGAGGGCUUCCGGGCAUCGAGUUCAAUCCCAACGUGGCUGCUGCACGAAAAGGCGUGGGACUAAGCGAAUUUGAGAGGCAUAGUCUUAUGUAACCGCCUACCCUCUCACCGCGAGUUCUCCAAUAUGAAAUAGAGAGUUUGCGCUUCUUGCUCUUUUCCAAUACACAGUCCAUAAGGACCAC